AUGUUCUUCAGGGAGGUAUUGGAGCCUUUCCUGUCCAACCUGGGUGGUCGGAGCAAGCUGCUCCUGGCUGGCGACCUGAAUGUUGUGGAGGACCUGAUUCUGGACAAGUCUCCAAGCGGUGGCCCGUGCGGGGAAAACGAGAGGCUGACCUUCUACGCCCGUGCGACCAAGUCCAGCUCGAGGGUUGAUCGGAUCGUGGUGCCAGGAGAUUUACUCUCGUCGGUGACGGCAGCUGCUCACACGCACCCGCUGAAGGGGAUCUCCGAUCACAAAUUUGGUAUCAGGGUGGUGCUGCAGGCGAAUCUGAGGCUGCACAUGGGCCCCGGGAAUUGGCGGUUGCUCUCUGCAGACACGGCGAAACCAGGGGUGGAAAGAGUGGCCAGAGCAGUUACCGAAAGGCACCGUGCAGGGAAAUCGGGUAACUUCGGGACCUUGCUCACCAAACUCAAGGCGGCGCUCAGGAGAUAUACGACGGAGGAACGGAAAAGGUUGCGGGCGACCCUGAGGCAUCUGGAGCUGGCGGUCUCUGGUCUGCAGCAUGCAGUGAUGCGGGAACCCCACCGAGACGAUUUAUGGACGGAUCUUCUGGAGAAGGAGGCCCAAUUGGAGGCGUACCUGAAAGGGGAAAAUGAGAGACUGCACCUCCUUGCGGGGGUGAGGGAAGAGACAAAAGGAGAAAUUGCGUUGAAGGUACUUUUCGGGAGAGUGAAGUCCAAGAAGACGAGAACGAUGAUUCCUGCUCUGUCGGUGCAGGGGGUAGAGCAGAAGGGGACGAAAGGGAUUAUGGAGGCUGCAUCCGGCUUCUACGCAGAGCUGUUCGCGGAGGCUCCACCGUUAGACGUGCCAUGCUGGAAGCCAGAUGUGGGAAAAACGCUAAGGGGUGAUGAAGUAGCGGAGCUGGAUGCUGAUUGGUCGGAAGAAGAGGUAAAGGCGGUGCUGAGUGGUAUGGCGCGGGACAAAUCCCCAUGGAACGACGGUCUCCCGAAGGAGCUCUUCGAGCGGCACUGGGACCUUCUGAAAGAAGAUUUCAUGCGUUUCGUUAAGCGCUCUUACAAGGUAGUGGCGAAGCUGCUGGCUAACCGAAUGAAGAAGGUGCUGGGAACGGUCAUCUCGGAGGAGCAGCACGGCUUCCUCCCUGGCCGGCGGCUCUCGGAUGCGGCCUUCAAGUCUGUGUCGCGGUCCUUCCUCUUCGACACGAUGGCGCUGAUGGGGUUCCCCGAAAAAUUCAUUGGCUGGUGCAGGGGCCUGCAUGGAGGGUCGUUCAUACGCCUCUUGCUCAACGAAUGGCUGGGAGAUAGAGUUGAUGUCUGCAAGGGGGUUCGCCAAAGGUGUCCGCUUGCACCGUACCUCUUCUUGUGCGCGGUGGAACCAAUCUGCCAAGAAGCAAAGCGCAAGAAGUUAGGCAUCUGCGAGGACCAUGGGGACCGGCUGGCUUACCUUGGGUAUGCUGACGACACGACUUUGGUGCUGAAAGGGAAGCAGCAGAUUGGACGGGCAGAAGCGCUUCUGGAGGAGUUCGAGGCCCGCUCUGGCCUUCGGGUGAACCAGGACAAGCUGGGGAAGAACCUGGAAACGAGCAAAGACAGGGAAGGUCACCUGGGAGAAGGCGCUGGCCAGGGCGGCGGAAGAACUGAUGAAGUGGCGCUCGCAGCAUCUUACCACGACGGCAAGGGUGGCGGUGGUGAAUGCCUACGUUUGCCCGAUCCUCGCCUUCCAGGGUCAGGUUUACCCGUCGUCGGAGAAGAUCUGGAAACGUAUCAUGAAGCUGUUAGUGAACUUCAUUUCCAUGAACCGUGCAUCCGAGGAGCACCAUUUCUCGCUGUGGAGUAG